AUGGCAGCCAACUCGCAAGACGCGGAAGCGCUCAUCCACUCCGACGACCCACACCACCCCGCAAACCACAUCUGCAAGCUCUGUGCGCACUUCUACACCUUAGGAUGGGUUACAGGCACAGGAGGCGGCACAAGCAUCCGGCAUGAAGACAAGAUCUACAUCGCCCCCAGCGGCGUGCAGAAAGAGCUCAUGAAGCCAACAGACAUGUUCGUGAUGGACUUUGCUAGCAAAGAAUACCUGCGCCGCCCACAGGUCCUCAAACCCUCGGCCUGCACACCUCUCUUCAUGGCCGCAUUCGAGCGCGGCGCCGGCUGUUGCAUCCACACGCACUCGCAAUGGGCCGUCCUCGUCACACUCCUGGUGGAGCGCGAUUUCGGCAAGGACGCAUGUUUCGAGAUUGAGGAGAUUGAGCAGAUCAAGGGCAUACCGAAGGGGCGCGGCAAGCAGGGCAAUUUGGGGUAUUAUGACAGGCUGCGCAUACCGAUUAUUGAGAACACUGCGCAUGAGGAGGAUUUGAGGGAGAGCUUGGAGGAGGCGAUGGAGAAAUACCCAGAUUCUUAUGCGAUUCUUGUUAGGAGACAUGGGAUAUACGUGUGGGGAGACAACGUGCACAAGGCCAAGACACAGUGCGAGAGUAUCGACUAUAUCCUGCAGCUGGCUAUUGAGAUGCAUAAGCUUGGGCUACCCUGGACGAAGUGA